AAGGUAAGAUUGAAAAGAGUGAGCUAUUGGCCUGCAUCAGGAGAUCUUGUCACAGUGUCGAAUUUUGAAGUCGAAUUGCUUGCUGUACAGGAAUGAAGAUAGACUUACACAGUCACAUCUUGCCUAAGGAAUGGCCAAAUCUGAAGCAGAGAUAUGGAUAUGAAGGUUGGAUCCAACUUCACCAUCACUGCAAGGGAGAAGCAAAAAUGAUGAAAGAUGGUAACGUCUUCAGAGUCAUACAAGAAAACUGCUGGGAUCCACAAGUACGAAUUCAAGAUAUGGAUCAGUCAGGUGUAACUUUGCAGGUUCUUUCUACUGUUCCUGUUAUGUUCAAUUACUGGGCAAAACCCAAGGACACGUUGGACCUGUGCCAUAUUUUGAAUGAUGACCUUGCAGCCACUGUACAUAAACACUCAAAGAGAUUCAUUGGUCUUGGUACGGUGCCAAUGCAAGCCCCAGAACUGGCUGUCCAGGAAAUGUAUCGCUGCGUAAAAGAGUUAGGAUUUCCUGGAAUCCAAAUUGGCUCUCAUAUAAAUGAUUGGGAUCUGAACUCUCAUGAACUUUACCCAGUGUAUGCAGCUGCAGAAAAGUUAAGCUGUGCCAUAUUUGUGCACCCUUGGGACAUGAAGAUGGAUGGGAGGAUGUCGAAAUAUUGGCUUCCAUGGCUCGUAGGUAUGCCUGCUGAGACAACUAUUGCAAUCUGUAGCAUGCUGUUUGGUGGGAUCUUUGAAAAAUUUCCCAAAUUGAAAGUCUGUUUUGCCCAUGGAGGUGGUGCUUUCCCAUAUACUAUUGGUAGGAUUGAGCAUGGAUUUAAUAUCCGUCCUGAUUUGUGUGCCAUUGACAACAAGAUAAAUCCUCGAAAAUCCCUUGGCCGGUUUUACACAGAUUCAUUAGUACAUGAUCCCCUCGCACUAAAGCUGUUGGUUGAGGUGAUAGGGGAAGAUAAGGUGGUGCUGGGGACAGACUACCCUUUCCCACUGGGUGAACUGAAACCUGGAAAUCUUAUUGAAUCUAUGGAAGAAUUCGACAAUGAACUUAAGGAAAAGCUUCUUGCCAAAAAUGCAUUGGAGUUUCUUGGCCUUGAAAAGAAACAGUUUGGUUGAUUUUUUUUUUAAUACUUCUAUGAAUCACAACUGGGUGUGGAGCAAGCGAUGAAUAUCUUCCCAAAGUCAACAUCCUUACUACAGCUUUUUAUCAUGAAGAUGAGCUAACAAUAUGUUUUGAAAUCAAACCCUUCACUGUUUACUGCAAUUACUUACAAUGAUUCCAUUCUGGUUAAUUGUGAGCAACGGAAAUAACAGUCCAAAAUAAUGAAUAGUUCAGAGCAAGAGAUGAUGCAUCAGGAAAAACAAGAAUGGAAUCCUUCUGCUGCUUUGUGAAGCCUUUUUUGUAAAUUUUCACAUUGUAAUCCAUUUUUUGCCUCACGUAAUGAAACUCGCCUCUGCAAAGAUUGCAUUUCUCAGAUGUUGAGUCCCUGUAUGUCCAUGAGAUGGAUAUAAAUGAACUGUAAUACUAUUUUUGAAGACAAGCAGGAGAUGUCCCCAGAGACCUCAAUUAACAUUAGAAUCAAACUAUCUGGUCAUUAUCACAAUAUCCUUCGUUUCGUUUAUAGUUUUAGAGAUAAAGUGGAAACUGGCCAUUCGGCCCACUGAGUCCGCACCGACCAGCGAUCCCGCACAUUAACGCUAUCGUACACCCACUAGAGACAAUUUACACAUAUGUAAUUGUCAAUGAACCUACAAACCUGUACGUCUUUGGAGUGUGGGAGGAAACCGGAGAUCUCAGCGAAAACCCACAUGGUCCCGGGGAGAAUGUACAAACUCCAUACAGACAGCACCCAUAGUUGUGUUCAAACUCGAGUGUUUAGUUGUGCAUGUGCUGUAAGGCAGCAACUCUACCACUGCGCCACCGUGUUGCCUGUCCUUGUUGCCAUCUUGUUUCAUGUUCUACAGUACAAUUUGUUAGCACACUUUAAACUUAACCGAUUGGGAUAACGUGAAUUUGGGAAAUGCAUUAUAUAAUUGUAAUUUAUUUCUUUAUCUACCCAUAUCAUCACCUAGUGAUGCUGCUGCAGCAGUUCAAUUUUGUACUCUUCAAAGCUGGAAAAGUUCCCAUGUUUUAAUUAAUUAUAUUUUUCUGCUUAACGAAUAUGGGCUAGAAUAUUAUAACAUUUUAACAUGCUACUCAACUGAAUUUAAUCUAAAACUUAAUUACUAACCAUCGUCAGAUCUCUCUGCCAAGUACCAUUCCAUAUAUUCAAUCCUGAUCCUGGCUACGUAUUCAAUGCACAUUUCGCACAAAAUUAUUUUAUAUAUACGAGUCAAAGCAGGCCAUACACCAGAGCUGAGACAGGUUUCAGUGCUGCUUUGUUAAGGCAUCUAACCUUACUUGGACCAACUACUCUGAUUGCCAACUACUCCCAACAUAACUAAAUUGCAAGUUUAAGUUUAAUUCCUACUUCACCAUCAAUCAUGUGUCCAGUCCUAUCCCUUACCAAUUUUAGCUUUUUAAGAAAUGCUCUACCAUAGUUUGUUUUGCAACUAAAAUUUUUUUUAUAGCAUAAUUGUAAUGAUUUGCAUAGGCAGAUUUAUUUUAAAUUGUAUACUAAUAAUAUCAGAAGAACAUGUGAAAAUGCAAGGGGGCAUGGAAUAGAAAUCAGUUGUUCAGUAUCUGAUUAUGUGAAUGCCCGGAUCAAAUCUUACCCCUAGUCUGGUUCAGUAAAAGAAACUUAGUAGAACA